CCUUCCAGAUCUUGACCGAAAGGCCUGUGUUUCUAUAUAUUAACCCAUCCAAAUACAUUUUCUCACACUCGCAUCACACACAAACCCUAAACCCCUUUCAUCUCUCGCUACAACGCGGCUGAGUUGAAACGCCAUGGCUCUCAUUUUGCAUGCUGGAAAUGGAAAUAACAAUGCUUGGAAAGCACUCAUAGCAGCAGAAUACUCUGGUGUGAAAGUCGAACUUGCUAAGGAUUUUCAGAUGGGUGUAUCAAAUAAGACACCUGAAUUUUUGAAAAUGAAUCCAAUGGGAAAGAUUCCAGUGCUUGAAACCCCUGAUGGUGCUGUUUUUGAGAGUAAUGCCAUAGCACGUUAUGUUGCCCGUUUGAACCCUGACACUGCUCUUUUCGGAUCUUCACCAAUUGAUUAUGCCCGUGUUGAGCAAUGGAUUGAUUUUGCAUCUCUGGAGCUUUACACGAAUCUAUCUCGAUGGGGAUAUCCACGAAUGGGUUAUGGUGUAUACCUUCCUCCUGUUGAAGAAGCUGCGAUUGCUGGAUCGAAGAGAGCACUAGGAGCCUUGAAUACCCAUCUUGCUUCCAACACGUACCUUGUUGGGCAUAGUGUCACCUUGGCUGAUAUUAUUAUAACAUGCACCUUGGCUUUUGCAUUUAGUCGAUUACUGACCAAGAGUUUCACAUCGGAAUUUCCACAUGUUGAGAGGUAUUUUUGGACCAUGGUUAAUCAACCAAAUUUCUCCAAGAUAUUGGGUGAGAUCAAGCAGACAGAUUCAGUGCCCCCUGUUCCCUCAGCAAAGAAGGAAACUGCAAAGCCCAAGGCCAAGGAUGAACCUAAGAAGGAGGUAAAGAAAGAAGCAGUGAAGCCUAAAACUGAAGAGGUGGUUGAAGAAGACGAAGCACCCAAGCCAAAGGCAAAGAAUCCACUGGAUCUGCUUCCUCCUAGUAAAAUGAUACUAGAUGAUUGGAAAAGACUAUAUUCUAACACUAAGACCAACUUCCGCGAGGUUGCUGUUAAAGGAUUCUGGGAUAUGUAUGAUCCUGAGGGCUACUCUCUUUGGUUUUGUGACUACAAGUACAAUGAUGAGAAUACCGUCUCAUUCGUGACUAUGAACAAGGUGGGUGGAUUUCUGCAGCGUAUGGAUCUGGCACGGAAGUAUGCAUUUGGUAAGAUGUUGGUUAUUGGUUCGGAACCACCGUACAAGGUCCAGGGACUGUGGCUUUUCCGCGGGAAAGAGAUCCCCAAAUUCGUAAUGGAGGAGUGCUACGACAUGGAGCUUUACAACUGGACAGAGGUUGAUAUCACUGAUGAAGCUCAGAAGGAGCGUGCUAGCCAGAUGAUAGAAGAUCAUGAGCCUUUUUAUGGUGAGGCUCUAUUGGAUGCCAAGUGUUUCAAGUGAUUCUUGAUGUGAACUUCAUCAUUUUUGUUUAAAAUAGAACUGUCUUCUAAAAUUUUACUGUCUUCUAAAACUUUUGUUUUAAGCUUAAAAUACUUUGUACUUGUGUGUCUGCCAAAUGUUAUUGUGUUCCUUCUCAAGGAGAUUUAAUUCUAUCUUUAUUUCUGGCCAA